UUUCGUUUGCUGUGCGUGUCGGGACGACGACAGUGUGGGGAUUCGUGACAAGUCGGAACGCGUCCGUGGUUCGGGUUGGUUGCUUGUUUUAACACAGUGAUUUCAAGUGGUUUUCCAGUAGGAUAUUUGAAGCUGGAUUUUGUGAUUUUUGUUUAUUGAAAUUGCAUUGCCAGGAUUUACUGAGUGGAUUUUGUGAAAUUUGAACGAUGAGUGGUUCUGGUAAAGGAUUACUUGGAUUAUGGCUGUACCACAGUGGUGACCAGGAGUGGACCGUCAAGGAAGGCAGUCCACUGCACAAACGAAAGGAAUUUGCUGAAAGCAAACAAAUCGACUGCAGCAAUGGAAACGGCAGCAUCCGGGGCGAUAAAACUUCCAUCAUUUUCACUCUCAAGAACCAGGUUGGUGGACUGGCACGCGCUCUACAAGUGUUCCAAGAACUCGGCAUCAACGUACUGCACGUGGAACUGAACAAAUCUAGCGAACCGUGCGAACAGGCGGACGUUUUGGUCGACAUUGAAUGCGACGCCACCCGGAUGGAACAGGUUCUGCGGAUGCUGAGGCGGGAGGUCCACAAUGUCAGCUUUGCGGCACCGGCGGCAAGCGAUGGACCGCCACCCACACCACUGUCCGCUUGUGGGAGUUUUGAUUUUGGAGAGAUGCAUUGGUUCCCACGUAAAAUUUCGGACCUGGACCGCGCCCAGAAUGUGCUGAUGUAUGGCGACGAAUUGGACGCUGACCACCCCGGAUUCAAAGAUCCGGUCUAUCGUAAACGACGGGAGCAAUUUUCAGCAAUUGCCAACUCAUAUAAGCAUGGCAAUCCCAUCCCGAGGGUUCAGUACACACCGGAAGAGAUCAAGACAUGGGGCACUGUAUUUCGUGAGCUGCACAAGUUGUACGUCAAGCAUGCCGUGCCUGAGUACUUGGAAAAUUGGCCGGAGUUGGUAAAGUACUGCGGUUACCGGGAGGACAAUCUUCCUCAGCUGCAGGAUAUUAACGUGUUUCUGAAGAGGAAAACCGGAUUCCAGAUUCGACCUGUUGCUGGCUAUCUAUCACCGAGAGAUUUCCUUUCUGGAUUGGCAUUCCGCGUUUUUCAUUGCACCCAAUAUAUCCGCCACUCUUCGGAUCCGUUUUACACCCCGGAACCGGACUGCUGCCACGAACUUCUUGGACAUAUGCCGCUGCUGGCUAAUCCGAGCUUUGCGCAAUUUUCGCAGGAAAUCGGAUUGGCUUCGCUAGGCGCCACGGAUGAUGAUAUCAACAAAUUGGCUACGUUGUACUUUUUCACGGUGGAGUUCGGGCUUUGUCGCCAGCAAGACGGUACUUUUAAGGUGUUUGGGGCUGGACUGCUAUCAUCAGUUGCAGAGCUGCAGCAUGCAAUUACCACAACGGAGAAGAUAAAAAGAUUCGAUCCCGAUGUGACAUGUGAAGAGGAAUGCAUCAUUACGGCAUACCAGAAUGCUUACUAUUACACGGAUUCGUUCGAAGAGGCUAAAGAGAAAAUGAGGGCAUUUGCAGAGAAUAUCCAACGACCAUUCGGAGUUCGGUACAACCCAUACACGCAGACUGUGGAUGUGCUGAGCAACGCCAAGAAAAUCACAGCCCUGGUUAGCGAACUUCGCGGUGAUCUGAGCAUCGUUUCGGCAGCGCUUAAAAAAGUAUCGGCUAUGGACGACAACCUGGAUGUGGAAUCUAUCGAAAAAUUACUAUCCAGUAGUUUACAUGUUUGCGAUAAGAGUCCGAAUUCAGAGAGCUCUGACUCUUCCGGUAAAGCGACCACCCCAAACCAAUAAGAGAGUAUUCAAUACAUGACAUAUAUAAGGUUGUGUAACACAACUGAACAGUUUUCUCUUGAUGUUUUAUUAAAAAUAACGGCAACAGUACCAAUUUUAAACCAAAAUCAAAUUAUAAACAAGACAUUGUCUACCUAAUAAAUAACUUCAUUGAUGUGGCAUA